CAACCUUUCUGAGAACAAGAACGCUGCCAAUCUCCAGAGCACCCAUUCUAAACCUUCAACUGCGAUCCGCCAUCUUGUUUCUGGUCUCAUACAUUCUCUCUCUGAGCUGUCCCACGGAUAAGCAAGCUUUUUGUGCCUCACGCCGAUCGAUUGUCUAUCGCAAAGAGUGCGAUGGAUGACGAAGGGAGUGUAUCUCCCUUCUCUCAGAGUCAUGGGAAUGAUUUACAGGAUUCGAUAACCGCCAGUGAUUUUUCGGCCUCGCGCCCGUCUAUAUUGGCCCCUCAUCACCCCGCCCUGGGAUCCCAGGUACCCGGAGGUGAUCAGCCUUCCGAUGUUUUGGCUACCGCCCGUGCUUCUCGGCCUGCACGUUCGUCGAGCAGGACACCCAGAAGGCUGAGCGGCAGCACAGCUGCUAGUUCCAUCAGCGAUAUAGACCAGCAAGUUCCAAUUAUAGGGAAGAUCGGGGUCUGCGCUCUCGAUGUCAAGGCUCGUAGCAAGCCAAGUCAGAACAUCCUCACCCGUCUCCAAUCGAAAGGGGACUUUGAAGUGAUUGUCUUUGGAGAUAAGGUCAUUCUUGACGAGGCCGUGGAGAAUUGGCCCGUUUGUGACUUCUUGAUUGCAUUUUUCUCUGAUGGAUUUCCUUUGGACAAGGCGAUUGCCUAUGCGAAACUGCGGAGACCAUUCUGCAUCAACGAUCUGCCUAUGCAGAAAGUCUUGUGGGAUCGCCGAUUAUGCCUGAAGAUCUUGGAUCAGAUGGGGGUUCCGACCCCCAAGAGAAUCGAGGUCAAUCGUGACGGUGGGCCGACGCUUGAGUCUCCAGAACUUGCUCAGCACGUCUAUAGGCUGGCAGGGGUUCGGCUCGAGGGCCCAGAAGACGGGACAGGAGGCGGGGCUGCGAAAUCUCAAGAUGUGUCCUUGUCUGAAGAUGGAGAAACACUCAUUGUUGAUGGCAAGACCUUUCGCAAACCUUUCGUCGAGAAGCCGGUCAGUGGAGAGGACCACAAUAUUCACAUAUAUUUCCCCAAUGAUCAGCAAUACGGCGGUGGUGGCAGGAGACUGUUCCGCAAAGUUGGCAAUAAAAGUUCUGAAUAUGACCCCGACCUUGUCGUCCCGAGGUCUAUCACGGACAAGACUUCCAGCUAUCUUUAUGAGCAGUUCUUGAGGGUCGACAAUGCCGAAGAUGUCAAGGCUUACACAGUAGGCCCGGACUUUUGCCAUGCAGAGACACGCAAGUCCCCUGUUGUGGACGGUCUAGUCCGUCGGAAUACCCAUGGCAAGGAAUUAAGAUACAUCACUAAACUCACCAAGGAAGAAGCUGCCAUGGCUUCAAAAAUCUCCAACGGCUUCGGUCAGCGAAUCUGUGGGUUUGACCUCCUGCGUGUGGGCGAAAGGAGCUACGUUAUUGAUGUCAACGGAUGGAGCUUCGUCAAAGACAACAAUGACUACUACGACAAAUGCGCAAAGAUACUGAGAGAAAUGUUCAUAAAUGAAAAGCGUAGGCGUGAUGGGUUGCUGGAACAAGGGGAACAACCGUCACCUGAGUUUGGCCAUGGCCAUUCCAGAAGAAGCACUGCAAGCUCCCACAGAAAUACUUUGAAAACUUUGCUCAAAUCACCGAGUGUGUCCAGGCUUCAUGGGUCUCACCAUGGUCACAAACCACAUGGAAAUAUUCCUUCAGAUGUCAUAGGCGCCCCGGUGUCAUCCUCGGUUCAUGACAGUAGGGACGUCUCUCAGAAUCAAACCCCGAACUACAGUGGAGAUGAUUCCCAAACUUCUCGAGACAUACAUGACAUUACGAAUCUGUCGCCCGAGUGUGCUACACCGGAGCCUGAACCCGAGAUACCUGCUCCCCCGCCUCCUGCUUCCAAGCAUUCGUGGAAAUUGAAGGGAAUGGUAGCCGUGAUUCGACAUGCAGACCGUACGCCGAAGCAAAAGUUCAAGUUUACAUUCCAUAGCCAACCAUUUGUUGAUCUGCUGAAGGGACAUCAAGAGGAGGUCGUCAUCAAAGGCGAGGCCGCACUCGCCAGUGUCUCCAAGGCUGUCAGAGUCGCCAUGGAACAAGGACUAGAAGACCCGGAUAAGCUGAAGCUGCUUCGGACUUCACUUGAGAGAAAAGGAGGCUGGCCCGGAACCAAAGUCCAGAUCAAACCGAUGUUCCGUAAAAGGAAGCCCGAAGAAUUGCGUGAGGGUCCUGCCCCAACCGAGCAAAACCACCUUACCGCUCAAACGCCUGAAGAGCCUACCUCACCUGUUUCAGACGACAAGAGGGAGAGUAGACUGAAUCGCUCGGAAUCACGAAGCGAUUCUAUCUCUGGAACAACGUUCUCCAGGUUCUCUGCUGCAGAGAACGACCUGGUAUUAGACAAAUUGCAACUUGUCAUCAAAUGGGGAGGAGAGCCCACUCAUGCAGCUCGCUAUCAGGCACAGGAUCUAGGCUUGAAUAUGAGGGACGAUCUAAAAUUAAUGAACAAGGAGGCAUUGAAUGAUGUUCGAAUUUUCACUAGUUCAGAACGAAGGGUCAGCACCAGCGCUCAAAUAUGGGCAUCUGCAUUUCUGGAUAGGAAAGAGCUUCCUGAAGAUUUUAUACAAGUGCGAAAGGAUCUCUUGGAUGAUUCCAAUGCCGCAAAAGAUGUCAUGGACAGAGUCAAAAAGAAGUUGAAAAUACUUCUACGAGAAGGCUCGGCUCCUUCGCAGUUCACGUGGCCGAAAGAGAAUAUCCCAGAGCCCUCCGUCGUCCUAGCUACGGUGGUCGAGCUCAUGAAGUUCCAUCGAAGCGUUAUGCGAUACAAUUUCCGAAAGAUCGAUGAAUCCGCGCGCUCAUUGAACGCGUCCAGAGACGACGAGAGCGCAUCAGCAUACCAGUCUAAAUCUGAUAAUCCCGCCGUGGCCGCGAUUCAGGGUCGUUGGUGCGCGGGAGAAGACGCGGAUCUCUUCAGAGAAAGAUGGGAGAAGCUGUUUGCUGAAUUCUGUGAUACAGAGAAGGUUGACCCUAGUAAGCUCUCUGAACUAUAUGACAGCAUGAAAUUCGACGCUCUGCACAAUAGGCAGUUCCUUGAGUGGGUUUUCAUGCCUCCGGACAAUCUCAGCGGUGAAGACGGCGAUGUCUCGCCGAAAGCAAACGAGUCUACAGGCGACCUCAACGGAGACAACAAGUCUGAACGCACGGCUUCGCUGGCUUCUCAUGAUAGAAGCGAGGAGAAGUCUGACGGUCAUUCCUUUGCGCAUCUCAUAGGUUUGAGGAAGAGAGCAAUGGCGUUAGAUUCGAUAUCCGCCGUUGGGGCUAUUGAGGAUUCCUACGACCACUACUUCAAACUCUAUACCGGUUCUGGUGCCACGAGAGCCAAGAUGGAUGAGCGCUUGUCUAAACUGAGAGAGCUGUACAAGUUGGCAAAGGUGCUCUUCGACUACGUCACUCCACAGGAGUAUGGUAUCAAAGAUAGCGAGAAGCUCGAGAUCGGCCUUCUCACAUCCUUGCCUCUCCUUCAGGAAAUUGUCAGGGACUUGGAAGAAGUUCAGGCUUCUCCAGAAGCCAAGUCCUUUUUCUACUUCACGAAGGAGUCGCAUAUCUACACUCUCCUGAAUUGCAUUUUGGAAGGCGGGAUACAGACUAAGAUCGCAAGGAGUGCGAUACCGGAGCUCGACUACCUCUCGCAGAUAUGUUUCGAACUGUACGAGGCCAAAGAUAGCGAGUCUGAGACGUAUUCGUACUCAAUUCGCAUCUCGAUCAGCCCCGGAUGCCACACCUUCGAUCCUCUAGAUGUGCAGCUUGAUUCGAGACACGCAAUCGGCUGCGCACCGAGAAGGAGUCUGACCGCUCAUCAGGAUUGGAAAGAAGUUAUCGAGACGCUGAAAGCCAAAUUCAAUACUGUAAAACUUCCAAAGACGUUCAUCGCCGUGAACUUGAGUGAUAAGCAUGCGCCCAAACCAGACGAGAAAUCAGGCCUUUCCGGAUAAGUCUCCGUCAUGUUUGGACAUUCUGCUCUAUUGGAUAGGCCCAUCCGCAGAGCUGGAUGGCUAAUUGCACCUGCUGUCCCCGGUAGAUGUCUAUAGUGAUCUACAUAUACAAAGAAAGCCAAUUGUAAAUAUAUCAUAAUCAAGGAAUUGAUAUCAAGCUCCCUCCAGUGAGAGGCAGGGCAAGUCCUAUAGUUAGGUUACAUUCGAAUGGGU